AUGGCGGUCGAGGAACCUCCCAACCGAGGUUUUACACUCUAUUUGCGCCCAGUUCUGUCAGCACUGUCGAGGCAAAUUCUUACUACUCUUGAAAAUCAUCCAUGGACAUAUGAAACUACCUCAGAAGGCAAAAUCACUGUGGUCUAUGCGGAACCUGCCCAAGACCUAUGUGCUCUGAGUCGCGUGUCACAUCGGCUCCGGGAUGUCGCCCAACCUGUCUUAUAUCACGAAUUCCCUAAUUUUGAACACCGUGAGAGGCGAUUAGAGCCAUUCCUUGAUACUGUUACGUUCCGAACCGACCUGGCAAGGGCCGUCAAGGUCAUGGCUUGGAAUUCAAAUCUCGCAAACGAUUUAGAUAUCGUCCGGGCCCAAACGGGCUACCAUCAAGGACUCAAAGCUCUGGGAAUCGAUGAGAACCAACUUUGGCCUGAUGACGAAUGCGACAUGUUUCUUUCGCCAUCCGCCUUAAAAGUAUAUGGCGUCAAUAGUAUAAAGCUAAGGGAACUUCUGGCAACUGACCUCCCUCACGUAAUUCUUGACGUGGCACCAGAUCUGAAUCAUUUGGUAAUCGGACACUUUAAUCCACGCAAUAUUUACUCCCCUGGAUCGAGUAAGAAACCUAGAACGAUAGGCUACUUGAUGUCCGAGCAGGACUUCAAACUAGAGGAAGCAUCCCCUUACAGACUGGAUACCCGUGAUCUAGAGAAAAUCCUCACUUCUCGUGGUCAGCCUCUGCGGCGCUUUCGGUUUGAGACAUCCCGCAUCAAGACCAAAGUCGAUGUACCCCGCAUCUCAUUCAGCUAUCUUGACAACUUCUGCACGACUCUCGAAUCCCUUCAUCUGGAAUAUGAUGUUGACGCCCGUCUUUUCGGGUCUACAAUAAGAUCCCUGAAAAAGUUUACCAGCCUGAAAGAAAUCUUCAUCACCGCGAAUCUGAUCUAUUCUAUUCGAGAGGAUGAUGAUCCGACGAGAGAUGCGAAGUCUCUUGUCAACUUCUUGCCUGAUCAGAUUGAGAUCUUUACGGAAAUUGACUGGACUGCACCGCCUUUUGAGCACCAACCCCUUGCACGUGGGUUCGAUGGUUUGCUAGAUGCUAUGAUACAAGGGUCAUUUCCUAAAUUAAGACGCGUCAGGUUAGAAAGAUAUAUCGUCAAGUAG